CAAAAAAGAAAAGAAAAAGAAAAAGUAGAACAUUUCUCCUAGACUCUACUCCUACUGUGGAGGGUUUUGGAGUAGGUAGAGCCCACGAGAGUCCCCAUCUUAGGCAAAGCUAGCUAGUUACUUCUGUACCAAUUCUAAAAUGCUCUUAAUCCAUCUAAUUUUUAUUACUUUUGCUUCAUUUCUAUAGUUCUUCUUUCGGGAAGGGCUGAGAUAUAAUGAAAAUGCAAGGAGAGGUUAAGCUAAACGAUUUUAUUCACCUUUUCAAGCAUGGGAUUCGGACGAUUUCACGUUCGAACUGGGUUUCAGCUUCUGGGUUUCAAAUAUCUGUAGCUGGGCUUUUCGGUGUUGCUGGUUUUGUAUUGGCUUUAAGGGACGGCAAACUGGGCAAGUUGAGUUCUUCCCAGUGGCUGUUGCCUAAGGGCGAAAAUCCUCAGAACUUGCGGUUAGUUCCCGGGUUGAAGAAUCUUGGAAACAAUUGUUUUCUUAAUGUGAUUUUACAGGCUCUAGCAAGCUGUUCCCGCUUCCAUAUUUUUCUGCAUAAAGCCAUAGAGGAAAUUGAACGGUCGGCUAAUGACGAGGAAUUGGUUGAUAGUUUGCCGCUUGCAGUUUCUUUGGCUCUAUUGUUACAAGAUUUAUGUGCAAUUGGUGAAAGAAGAGUGGUACUCAAUCCCCGGAAAGUGAUGCUUUCGAUGGCUCAAUACAUUCCUAAUUUUAAUCUCACCGCUCAGCAGGAUGCCGCAGAAGCGUUCCUUCAUCUUCUGUCUUCUUUAAGAGAAGAAUUUGCAGAUUGUUAUGAUCCAAGUUACUGUUCUUUGUUUGAAUCUUGUUCCUCAAGUUGUAGGAUUAUUACUCCAAAGAGGAGGGAGGGUCUGAAUAAGCAGAAAAGGUGGACACAGAGUUUCAUUGGACCAUUUAAUGGGAUUCUUGGUAGCAUCUUAACUUGCCAAAGCUGUUCAUCUCAGAUCUCGUUGAACUUUGAAUCUUUUCACAGCUUGGCUCUUUCUCCAGUGCUUGCUACUGGUGCCAACAUAAUGGUUGGAUGUAGCUUGGAAGAUUGCCUGAAGCAGUUCACAGUGGCCGAACAAGUCGAAAAUUACCGCUGUUCCAGUUGUUGGCAUAUUGCGGGAAUUAGGUUCUUAUCCGCCAUAGGAUCAGAUGAGACAGAGAUCGAGAAACUUAGGACAUGCUCUGAGCAAGAUUUUUGUGACUGCCGAAAAUUUCUUCCUCAAGAUGCAUUUCCAUGGUCAAAUAAGUUUUCUCAUACACUGAAGCAAAUAAGUAUUGCUCGUUCUCCGAAGAUUUUGUGCAUUCAUCUAAAGCGUGUUUCCUUUAAUGUGUUCGGCGAAUCCUUUAAACUUCAGGGUCAUAUAUCCUUUCCCAUGAUUUUGGAUCUUUUCUCAUUCAUGACUAGUGGAGUGGCAAUAAAGAGUCGACAAGAAAUUUUUCAAAGAGGGAAAAUGCAGCCACAUUAUAAACAACCAAGUUUUCUUACUGGAAAUUUUAACAUACAACAUGAUACAAGAAAUCUUAAUAGUAAAGAUAAAACAAAAGAAAGUUUCUAUUCUAAAGAUACACAGGACAUACGCAUAGAGGAGUCCAAUAUUGACCAAAUUGGAUGCUGUUCAGAAACCACGCAUGUGGAAAAGGAGACACAUUCAUACAACCAGGUCUCAAUGAUUCACCAAUCGGUCCCACCAAGUAGUUUGUAUCGUUUAGUUUCGGUGGUGGAGCACUUUGGAGGGGCUGGUAGCGGUCAUUACACAAUUUACAGAAGCGUGAGGACUGGCCCCUGUAAAAAAGAGUUCGAUGAACCACAAGAGCCUGAUUCUGUUUUCUGGUUCUGUAUUUCAGAUUCUCAAGUGCAUGGGGUCUCAGAAAAAGAGGUUUUUGCUGCUGAAGCUAGCUUGCUGUUUUAUGAGAAAAUAUAUGAAGGUUGACUGAUGUGCAUUCUCUAUAUGGCUGGUUAAUAUUUUAUAGCAUUGUUUUGCUUUUUGUAGGGUUAUAGUAACUCUUCCUUUCAAAAACUAAGGAAGAAUUCAAUCUUUUGCUAAUUUGCAUGGACUAAUGUCGAGAUAAGCCUCGACCACUGGAUAUUACAAAUUACAGAAAAAUAGAAGAAAACUGAAAGAAUGAACAUCAUUGAUUUAUUAAGGUGAUAAUGCAAACACUUAAGAUUCACACA